UGAUGUCUGCUCACCUAAUAAUCUGCGGUCUGCAUCACAGAACUGCAGAGCAGAGAAAACGCCACAGAAACCUAGGGCCACCCAAACUGAUUUCAGCAAAUGCAGGGCAGUCAUGUCAGUGGAGGAGGAGUUAAGGAAGGGAAGUGUGGGGGUAGCACGCUCUGAAAGAAAUACCGAGGUAGAAAACUACUAACCCAGAUAGGCAUAUACAAAGCGGUACUCUCUAUUUGAAUGUUUUAAACGGACCAUCCGAAAAGUCGCUAAGCUCACAGCUUUAAGCUGUCCUGGAGAUGGGGGACAAGGCGGGGACCAGGGUAUUCAAGAAGUCUAGCCCCAAUUGUAAGGUCACAGUGUACCUGGGAAAGAGGGAUUUCGUGGAUCAUUUGGAUCACGUGGACCCAGUAGAUGGUGUAAUCCUGGUUGACCCAGAAUAUCUCAAAGACAGAAAAGUGUUUGUGACCCUCACCUGUGCUUUUCGGUAUGGCCGCGAGGACCUGGACGUCCUUGGCCUGUCUUUCCGGAAGGAUCUGUACAUCUCCACCUUUCAGGCCUUCCCACCAAUCCCGGACGAGCGCAAGCCCAACAGUCGCCUGCAGGAGAGACUGCUUCGGAAAUUAGGGCAGCACGCGCAUCCCUUUCAUUUCACUAUCCCUCAAAACCUCCCCUGCUCCGUCACUUUGCAACCUGGACCUGAGGAUACUGGAAAAGCCUGUGGAGUUGACUUUGAGAUCAGAGCGUUCUGUGCCAAAACAGUAGAAGAGAAGAUACACAAAAGGAAUUCAGUGAGGUUAGUGAUUCGUAAAGUGCAGUAUGCGCCAGAGAAGCCCGGACCACAGCCCAUGGUGGAGACGACGCGGAGCUUCCUGAUGUCCGAUCGCUCGCUUCACCUGGAGGCCUCUCUAGAUAAAGAGUUAUACUACCAUGGAGAGCCCAUCAGUGUGAAUGUCCAUGUCACCAACAACUCAACCAAGACAGUCAAAAGAGUAAAAAUCUCUGUUCGUCAGUAUGCUGACAUAUGCCUGUUCAGCACAGCACAGUAUAAGUGCCCAGUGGCCCAUCUUGAGGCAGACGACCAGGUGUCGUCCAGCUCCACGUUCUGUAAGGUGUACACACUGACUCCCAACCUGGACAAAAACCGUGAGAAGCGGGGCCUCGCCCUGGACGGCAAGCUGAAGCACGAGGACACCAACCUGGCCUCGAGCACCAUUGUGAAAGACGUCAGCAACAAGGAAGUGCUGGGCAUCCUGGUGUCCUACCGGGUGAAGGUCAAACUGGUGAUUUCACGCGGAGGGCUCUUAAGCGGAUUGUUGGAGAGGGAUGUGGCAGUGGAGCUGCCCUUUGUCUUGAUGCAUCCCAAACCUACAGACCUCCCUGUUUCUCGGCCACCUUCAGCUGUUCCAGAGGCUGACCCUCCCAUUGACACGAACCUGAUUGAGUUUGACACAAAUAGCUUCUCUCAAGAUGACGACUUUGUGUUUGAGGACUUUGCCCGUUUAAGGCUCAAAGGAGUGACAAAUGAGUUGGAUGAAGAUUGCUAAAGAUCUGUUAUGUUUCCUUUUCUUUCUCUCUUUCUGUAAGCCCACCGCUUUCUUUUUCUCUUUCUAUUUCGUUCUUUCAUUCUUUCUCUAUCACACACAAUCUGUAUAUCAUUCAUGUAUAACAAACUGAUAAGAUACAGUCUCUUUGAAGAAUGAAACUGAAAACCCUUCCACCAUAUCGGCCGCAUUAAACUCCCCCUUAAAGUUUUACUCAAACUCGGCAACUUUUGCUGAACCCUUUACAGGGACCCACCAAACAGUUGCUAUGAUUAGAGAGAUCAAAACAGAUGCUGUUGAGGUUUCACGUGAAGCGAGGCAUCUGAUUUGACCAUGAUGGACUUUUAGAAGAGACAAACCAUUGCAAAUUAUCCUUUGGCUUUUCUGCAAGUUUUAAAUUCAGUUGUUCAUCAAAUUGCUUAACUUCUCUGUGACAGAAAUUAAAGGGUUUAAAAAAAAAGAGAGAGAAAGCUUGCCAAGGACUUGAGGAUCAGCAUCAUCUCCAGUUUCCAUAUGCCGUCUUACUUAGAAUGUUAAGCUACCCAUGGAAUCGUGGUUUACGAUGCCCUGUCAUUUUAUAUAUAUCAAAUUCUAUUUAAUAAGUGUCAUUUGCAUUGUGCGAUCAUGAUAUACAUUUAGAGCGGCAAGAAGUCUAAAUAAAUGAUUGUGCGAAAAAGGUGGCAAAAGAACACCUUCUCACAUUCUGUCUGGGGAGCUUUCAACCCAUGGGCGACCCCUAAUGAGCUGCACGGCACAAGUGGAAAUUGUUAUUGUGUUUGCUUUUGCAUGAAGCAUUGACAGGUGUUACUGCAAGAGACACCAAACUCAGAACAGUCUGUGCUUUCACUCCUGGGGGAAAUCAUGUCAAGGAUGGAGCCUUCUGUGUUGCUGUGAAGGAUUUUGUGUGCGUGUGUGUGUGUGUGUGAGUGUGUGUGUGUGUGUGAAUUCUGAGGAUGUCCUGCAUUGUGGAGCAAUCCUGUACAAAUGAAUGAGACUGCUGCUUUUCUGUUUUGUUGGACACCAUUGACACAACAGAACACAGGUUAAGAAGAAACAAGCUGUUGAAAAUAAUUAUUGUUAUGUUCAUUUUCACGAUCAUCAGAAAUGUGCUGUUGGCCAUUUUUUAUUUCAGAUUUUUAUUUAAUUUUCUAAUUAAAUGUGAGAAAAUCUAAAAUCA